AUGUUGUCUGUUGGUGUGAAUGCGGAAAAGAUGAUUCCUCAUCGGAGUACGGCUUUAUUGUCCGUCAUAGUUUUUGUGGCACUUUUGCUUUUCAUUUUCUCGUCAUCCCCGGUCCCUGAUGCCACCGCCGAGGAAGAGGUCACAGGCGCAGCGAAGUUUGUGCCCAGACCGAAACUCCCGUCAUUAAGCAACUUCCACCUGCCUUCUUUCCGCGCUCCUUCGCACGAGCAACCCGAGGAACAGAAUAACAGUACCCACGGCGAGUCGAAGUGGUACAGCACCCUGGAAUGGCUGAACCCAUUCUCUUCCGCCAUCACCUUGGAUGAGAAUCGCUCCGUCCUCCCCCCGCUGCGCGAGCGCCGACCAAUUUACACCUACUACAAUACAAAAUUCAACCCAAAUAAGGCCAAUGGGAAGGAUCUUAAGGAUCUGCAGAAUGCCGACGCGGAAUUGCUUCUCGCAUGGCGCCGGGCGUGGUUCGCGCAAGGAUUCCGGCCCGUGGUGUUGACCCCAGGAGAUGCGAUGAAGAAUCCGAACUAUGAGCUCGUUCAGAGGAUGAAGCUUGCGCCUAAGGUUGAGAAUGAGGUGUUUGGCUGGCUUGCUUGGGGACAUAUGGGCACCGGAAUGCUCGCGGAUUUCCACUGCUUCCCCAUGGCGCGAUAUGAUGAUCCCAUGCUGUCGUACCUUCGCCGAGGCAGUAUGCCGGAGGUGAUUACACGGUUUGAAAAAGUCAAAAAUGCGCUUUACUCGGCAGAGAAGUCGCAGAUCGAUGAGGCUGUCGAGGCCGCAGUUAAGAAGCUGGAGGACAAGACCCCGUCCUUUGUGGAUUUGAUUGCUCCAGAGCUCUUCAAGGUCGAACAACCCAACUCUUUGGCUUUCUACAAAUCGGCGGCCAUUACAUCGCAUUAUUCAAGCGUGCAUGAGAAGAUGGGUCAGAACCCUGCUGCUGGUCAACUAGCCUUGGUGCAGCUGAUUAACUCCCAUCUGCACAACACCUUCCAGAACUCCUUCCCAGCGGGGUUGGCUGUGUUGAAACCUUUCCCUCAGCACACUACUGCCUUGGUGGAACCUGCCCUCCGCUUGGCCAAGGCUCUCAUUCAGUGCCCCGAGUCACCGAUUCCCGAAUCUUGUCCCCCUAACCUUCCUGAUUGUCGCUCUUGUCACUCGGCUAAGUCGCCCAUGCGUAUCAGCCAGCCUCCGACCUACAAAAACACCACAUUCCUCUUUACCAUCGGCACCCUCCCACACCCGUACACUCUGGUCAGCUUGCAAAAGAAGUCGGACGUGAUCACAACACCAGAGAUUCGCCGGGAAACUGAACGUGACGCUUGGUUGUCUGAGGUGACCAAGGAGGACCUUGGUCCGGAAUUAGGUGCUUCCUACCGGGGAGUCGUCUUCAAGCAGGUUGUCGCAGGUGAAGAUGCCGUCGGCACUUCCUUGUGGAUGACCGUGGAAUCUCUCCCCGCGGAAGCUGGCCAGACCUUGCCCUCCGAACUUCUCGAUGAGUUUGAAUGGCAAUUUGGAUUCAAGAUUCCCCGCGAAGGCAAGAUUGAUCCUGCCACCGAGAAUGACCAGCACAGUGCGAAGAGCGCGCAGGACCGGACACCAAGCGAGCAAGGAGUUGGCAUCGAAUAUGAGCUGAUUCAGAAGGCCCGGGAUACGAUCAAAGACAAGGAAACCAACCGUAUCAAUAUCAAGGAUGUUGUCGAGGCUUGGAACCUUGCAGACACCGAGGUCUGGCGCUUCGUUAAGGCUUACCGGGCCCGAAGCGUUGUUGAGCGUCAGAAGUGGGAGGAGGAAGAGAAACCUUUUGCUGGCUCGCGAACAUGA